UUACACGACAUCAACAAUGGCUGCAAAACGACGGCAGAUGCAAAGUUCCGAUGCUUCAAAUGGCAAAUCUAGUGCAAAUAAGGGGAAUUCAAGACCCAAAUUCAUUCCAAAAAAUAAAUCUAAAGAUGAUGAGUAUUCAAAGAAGAAUGCCAACACCGUGUUAUAUAAGAUAUUCUUGGUUGCAAUGGCUAUUCUGAUUGGCUUUACGCACAGAAACCACAUUGCAAACAUGUUUGAAAGAGACCGGCAUUUUUCUCAUUUAUCUACACUGGAGAGGGAGCUUGCUUUUAGAACAGAAAUGGGUUUAUACUAUUCAUACUACAAAACAAUGAUUGAAUCGCCAACAUUUAUUGACGGUUUAUACCAGAUUAUGAAUGACAACAUCACAGAAUACCCCCUCACUAUAAACACCCUGAAGAGAUUUAAUCUGUACCCAGAGGUAGCAUUAGCCAUUGGGUACAGAGCGUAUGAAGGUAUUAAUGCAGCAUUGAAAAGGCCCACCAAGAUGUGUUGGCGAGUGAACCGUGGAGAAGGUCUUAGUCCAGUACAAAGUUGUGAAGGUUUGGGUGAGCCGUCGUAUUUCUACGUGGAGCAUGUGUUCAUUCUGAAUGGCAUAAUGAUGUCCAUGUUUUUCCUGUUUGGUACUUAUCUAAGUGGGAGCAUGUUUGGAGGGAUACUAACUGUGGCAUCAUUUUUCUUUAAUCACGGAGAGGCCACAAGAGUACAGUGGACACCACCUUUGAGAGAAAGUUUUGCUUAUCCAUUCAUUGUUGGUCAGAUGUUUUUAGUCACCCAUCUUCUCAGGACACCAAUACCAACAUUUAGACACAGUUUACCCAUUGCCAUAGCAACCAUUUUGUUCAUGUUACCAUGGCAGUUUGCACAAUUUGCUUUGUUAACAGAAAUGAUUGCCGUAUUUGCCACAUAUGUUUUAGGCUAUAUUGGAUCUCGUAAAAUGAAAGUGUUUCUUCUAGGGAUAGGGGGUGGUUUUGUAAUAAGCUAUAUCCUGCUGUUUGGCAAUAAGAUGUUGCUGACGUCUUUCUUUUUCUCUGGUCUUCUAACCAUCACAGGUAUUGUAUUGAUAGAACCAGUCCUAGAAACACUUAGGAUACGCCCUUUGAUAUGGAUAAGUCAGGGAGCUAUGUUAGGUGUUGGAACUGUAGGAUUUAAAUUUGUCAUUGCCAAACUAUUCAAUAUAGAGGAUGAUGCACAUAUAGGAGAUAUCUUCCGGAGUAAAUUUUCUGAUUUUAAAAACUUCCACACGAUGUUAUAUACAUGUGCAGCAGAGUUUGAUUUUAUGGAAGCAGAGACUCCUGGUAGAAUCCUGAAGACAAUGUUAGCUCCAGCAGUUCUUGUAGUUUUAGUAACAGUCACCUACUUUUUGCUGAAAUCAGAAUAUACUUCCUGGUUGAAUACAAGUGAUGAACCAGAGCAGAUACUCAAUACAGACAUUCCAAAUAGAAGUAAACCUAAUGCUGAGAUUGUUUAUCAUUUAUUCCAACUGAUAGCUUUUACACUAAUGGCAGUGAUCAUUAUGAGAUUAAAACUAUUCUGGACACCCCAUUUGUGCCUUAUGACUUCAUUGCUAGCUUCUAGACAGAUUUUUGGUUGGCUAGGAAACAGGGAGAAACAUUAUGCAAUACUGACUGUGUUACUGGCAUGUAUGAGUUACCAGGGAAUUGCAAACCUGCAGCAUCAGUGGAGCAUUCUCGGUGAAUUCAGUAAUAUGCCAUUAGAAGAACUUGUUGAAUGGACUAAAGCAAAUACACCAAAAAAUGCAGUGUUUGCAGGUCCCAUGCCCACAAUGGCUACAGUAAAAUUGUGCACAGGUCGACCAAUUGUAAACCAUCCACACUAUGAAGAUGCAGGUUUAAGAGAGAGGACAAAGAAAGUAUACACAAUGUACAGUCGUAAACCUUUAAGUGAAAUAAAGAAGAAUUUACAAGCUCUUCAAGCAGACUAUGCUAUACUGGAGGACUCUUGGUGUGUUCGGAGAUCAAGACAAGGGUGUAGUAUGGCGGAGAUCUGGGAUAUAGAAGAUGAAGAGAAUCGAGGGGAGACAACUCCAGCUUGUACAAAACUGAAAGAAAGCCCCGGACCUUACUUCAAGACAGUGUUCAAGAAUAAUGUGUAUCAAGUACUUAAAGUGUUAAAAUAGUAUAUCAUAUUGCUGAUUAAGUUUUUUUACUGACAUAAGUUUGCAGAUUAAUUUUUUCGCAAGACUUUACCUAUAUUUUAAUCAGGGUUUGAUUAUUUUGCCACCUGAGAAACAAUUUCUAUUAUUUAUACAUUAAAAACAGUUCAAAUCAUAAAAAAGCACUAUCAAACAAUUUUUUUUUCAUUAUUGAUGACUUUCAUGGAAUCUAAUGAUAAACUGAAUUAGAAGUUUUUGUUUGAUAUUACCAUACGUAUCCAGUUUUAAGGUGAUAAGAAUACAAUAAGUUUUUUUUUAUCUAUUUAAUAUGUUAGAUAAGAAUGUUAGGUACGAAACUAUUUAUUGUUGUUAAAAUACUUGAAAGGAACUUGUUUAUUGAAGAGCCCAUUUUCUUUCCAUGAUUACAUUAUUGUUUCAUUACUUGAACUUUAUUUUUGUGUCUGCACUUUAUUGAAAUUUUAAGUCAAAAUUUGAAGUAUUUGUGUUCAGAUAAUGUAUUCAUUAUUUUCAAAUUAGUUGUUACUUAGAUUGUGUAAAAAUGGUUAUAUAAAAUGUACAAAAUUACUCCAUUUUUCUUCAACUUCAGACGCUGGAGUUACCUUUCCUCUUGAAGUGAAUUCCUCAUAACUGCAUUUUUCUUCAACUAUAGACAGUGGAAUAACCUUUUCUUCUUAAAGGGACAUUCCUCAUAACUCCAUAUUUCUGGAUGGUUUGGAACCUUUCCUCUGAAAGGGACAUUCUUCUAGAUUUUGGUCAAAAUUAUAUGAAAUCAAAAUAGUACUUUUUUACUAAUUUCUAUAGUGAUAUGCAGAGUUUAGUGUUUAUUUAUUUUAAAAAAAUCUUAUCCAAUAUAAAAUAAUUUGAUAAAAUAUUGAUAAAACCUUAUACUGUGCUAGUCAUACAGUAAAAAGUACUGGAAAAUUUCAGGAAUUUAACUAUACUAUAUUUUAAAGCGUUCUGUCAAAAUUUAGACAAAAGGGGUGAGAGCAAAAGAGUUUUAUGUGCAUGUGAAUAAAGAAGCAGAUUGGCCUCUUUAACAUUCACUCCCUGUAAUUUUUUUAUUUUUUUUAAAAAAUGUAAAAUUGAUUUUUGAUGUUUUACUGUAAAGUAAUCAUUAAUUGUAUAAUUCCUGAUUUAAUAAUUGUAUCAAUACAUGCAUGUAACUUUAAAACCAACAAGCAGGAAAAAUUUCUCUUCAUUUUAUUGUGAAAAAUUAUAAUUCCACGAAUUUAUAUGCAGAAGAAAUGGCCAUUUAGCUUGAAACCACUAAAUUUUAUGACAACGCCAUUAAAUGAUUUUGAGGUAUAUAAGUUUCAAUCUUGUUUUGAAAUGUUUGAUAUUGUGAUGAACAGUGGAGGCAUGUCCCUGUAACAGAAUUCAAGUACAGUAGAGUGCAUAUCCCUGUAACAGACAUCAUGUACAGUAGAGUGCAUGUACCUGUAACAGACAUCAUGUGCAGUAGAGUGCAUGUCCCUGUAACAGACAUCAUGUACAGUAGAGUGCAUUUCCCUGUAACAGAAUUCAUGUACAGUAGAGUGCAUGUCCCUGUAACAGAAUUCAUGUACAGUAGAGUGCAUGUCCCUUUAACAGAAUUCAUGUACAGUAGAGUGCAUGUCCCUUUAACAGAAUUCAUGUACAGUAGAGUGCAUGUCCCUUUAACAGACAUCAUGUACAGUAGAGUGCCUGUCACUUUAACAGACAUGUACAGUAGAGUGCAUGUCCCUGUAACAGACAUCAUGUACAGUAGAGUGCAUGUCCCUGUAACAGACAUCAUGUACAGUAGAGUGCAUGUAUCACUGGGAAGAGAUUACUUAUUGUUUGUGAAGCACGGUAGUCAGCUGUAGUUGUAACCUUAUCAUGACAACUAUUUACCUAUGGUAUUAACACUUUUUUUUAUAUUUAUUACUUUUGUUACAAUUUUGCUAGGUGUGUUUGCCAUUGCUUUAAAAGAAGCUAGUCCCACCAGAAAUGUGCUUUAAUUUUGAAUCUCCAUUCAGUUUAAAUAUUUUUCAUUGAUAUUCUUAUUUUCUCUUUCAUUUCCUCGUUAGUGUUAAUUCAUAUUUAAGACCAAGUUUUAAAAAUGUUUAUGUUGUAUGAUUGUUACGGGAAUUCAGUUCUGGAUUGUUAUGGUAAAUUCCACUGAGAAAAUGAAAUUGAAGAAAUAACAUUUGAAGUUACAUUUCGCUACACCUUAUUUUUUUUUGUUUGGAAGUUAUAGCUGUAGUGUUACCUUUAGAGAACAAGAAUGUAGUUAUAUAUUAUGAUACUUGUUGCAUAUUGAAUUCAAACAUAUUGUCAAGAAUUAGGAAGUGCUAAAAGUUUGUGUAGGCUACAAGCUAAUAUUUCAUUAUAUAUGUCUGGAUGUAGAAAAAAGGAAAUAAACAAAAAGAAAAGUCAUUUAAUAAAACAAAAAGUGUGAAUAACUGUA